AUGAUUCUGGAGGAUUUUAUUUACUUGUUUUUGCUGUUAUUCAGCACUGUUUGUGGUUUCUUCCUUCGAAACAUAGAGGAUAGUGCAAAGAGGAAAUAUGCUUGUACAUUGUUAGGUUUUGCAAUACUUCUUCCAGUAUCUGGAUAUCAUAUUUUUCACUUAUUAUUACUAACUAUUGUAAAUGCUGGAAUAGUUUUAAAGAUUAAUAAAAGGUAUUGUCAUGUUGUUAGUUUUGUGUUUUGUUUCUCAUAUAUAUUGUUUACAAGAACUUCCGAGUAUUUUGGCUUACCUUCUCCUCCCGAAAUCACGAAUACUGCAUUAAUGAUAAUGGUUUUAAAAAUGGUGGGCUUAGCAUAUGAAGUGAAUCUCCAUCAUUUGAAGUCAAUUUCUUCAGACAAGGCUGAUUCUAUAAAAGAAAUUUACACAAGGAUCAAGCCCAAUUUUUUGGAUAUAAUUCAGUACUCGUUUUGUUAUGCCGGUAUUUUAGUAGGUCCAUAUUAUAAAUAUCGUACAUAUGAUGAUUUAUUUGAAAAACCAUAUAGCACCUGUGUUCCACACCAGAUGUUUUUAAAGAAAAGACUCAUCGUUAUACCCUUCUACAUAUGUUUAUACCUUCUUUCUGACUAUUUCUUUCCUCUCUCUCUCGCUGCAUCUGAAGAAAUUUGGGAAUUUUCUUUCUUGUCUAGAAUAUUUUACAUGUGGCCAUGGUUCUUCAGCUUUCGUAUGAGAAUUUAUGUAGCAUUUGUUCUGGGAGAAUGCAUAUGUAUGAAUUUAGGUUUGGGAGCCUAUCCAGAAAAAACUUCACCUGCUCCUGGUGCUGGCCCGACAGACUUCCAUGAGUUGCAAAAUAUAGAUAAAAAUGUUUCUGACUACAAAUAUGUUGCAUACAAUUUUGAAACUAUUCGAUGCAUGAAUGAAUUUGCCAGUGAAUUUCGUCCAACUAUGAGGGAGGGUAUAAGGUACUGGAACAUGACUGUGCAGUACUGGUUGGCUAUUUACAUCUAUCGCAAAACAGCAGCAUCUAAACCUGUGAAAAUGGUUGUCACAAUGUUUGUUAGUGCAAUAUGGCACGGAGUACGAGCUGGAUACUACUUAUCCUUGUUGGGCACACCACUGCUGCUCAUUGCUGAAAUUGAAGUCGAAAAGGCUUUUAGGAAGAAUCUCUCCGGAAAUAAGCUGAAAAUAUAUGAUACAAUAUGGUAUUUUGUGAAAAUGCAAUGCAUUUCAUAUAUGGGAGUCGCUUUUGUUAUUCUUGAUUUUAAAGUUAUACUUAAUUAUUGGAAUUCAAUAUACUAUUUUGGUCACUUUUUUACUUUAUUCAUGUUUUCUGUUGCCUUUUUAAAAAAUACAUUUGUA